GAGAGAGAGAGAGAGAGAGAGAGCGAGAGAGAGACUGUCGCUGGUUGUGGCUCCACGCCCUGCGCGAACAACGCUGUUGGGAAAUGCGUGAUUGGCCGGCCUGAAGAUGAUGUCACGCGCAGGUGCCUCCUACGACCAGCUGGCCCAGCAGGUGGAGGACCUGCGGCUGGAGAACAGCUACCUGCGCAGAGAGCUGCAGGACAACUCCUCUCACCUGUCCCAGCUGGAGAAUGAGACCUCACACAUGAAGGAGGGUCUAAAACAGCUGCAGACUAAGCUGGAGCAGGAGGCUCACUCGCUGGUCUCGUCUGAGAGAUCAGACACGCUGGAGCAGCUCAGAGAGCUGCACAUGGAUUUGACGCAUUACUAUGAGCUGAAGUACACGCCUCACAACCUGCGGGCUGGCCCUGAGGCCCCGCCCACUCGCCCCGCCCCCCACGGGGCCCCCACCCACCCAGGGGAGGGCGUGGCCGUGCACCCCGGGCCGGGGGACCCCCCCUGCACCCCCCAGCAGCUGGAGGAGCUCCUGAAGGAGCGGGCUCUGUUGCUGAAGGAGAUUGAGAGAGAGGAGAAAGAGAGAUGCUGGUACUACACCCAGUUGCAGGCGUUGUCACGACGACUGGCUGAGCUGCCACGCAUUGACACAUUCUCAGCGCAGAUAGACCUGAUUGGCCAGCAGCUGGAGUUUGAGGUGCAGCAGCUGCGCUCGGUGAUGGAGGAGAGGUUUGGAACCAGCGAUGAGAUGGUGCAGAGAACCCAGAUCCGAGUGGCACGAUUGGAGCAGCUGGAGAAAAAACUCCAGGAGGCACAAGACCCCCCCUCAGAGAGCCAGUCUCUCUCUCAGACUAAUUCCUAUGGAAAGACAGAAGCCGAAAGCAUGUCUCUCAGUUCUGGAGCAGAAGCAGCUGGAGAGUCAGGAAGCAAGGUGGAGAUGGUGUUCUGGCUGCUCUCCAUGCUGGCCAAUCGGGACCGGGAGGAGAUGUCCCGCACCUUCCUGGCCAUGUCCAGCUCGCAGGAGAGCUGCCUGGCCAUGCGCAAGUCCGGCUGCGUCCCCCUGCUGGUGCAGAUCCUGCACGACGGCCCGGCCGGGGGCGGGGCCGGGGGCGGGGCCGGGGGCGGGACCAGCAGCCGGGAGGCGCGGUCUCGGGCAGGCUCCGCCCUGCACAACGUGGUGUACUCGCAGCCCGACGAGGGGCAGGCCCGGCGGGAGAUGAGGGUGCUGCACGUGCUGGAGCAGAUCCGCACCCACUGCGACACCGGCUGGGACUGGAUCGAGACCCACCUGGGAACACUUUCACCUGGGGCCGCAGAAAGCACAGCCGUCCCGGAGGCCCCCGAGCCGCAGCUCUGCCAGGCCAUGUGCGCCGUCAUGAAGCUGUCCUUCCAGGAGGAGUACCGCCGGGCCAUGAAUGAGCUGGGGGGGCUGCAGGCAGUGGCAGAGCUGAUGCACCUGGACCAGGUGAUGUACGGCAUGCGGGGCGACCCCCUCAGCAUGGCACUGCGGAGAUACGCUGGCAUGACCCUCACCAACCUCACCUUCGGGGACGUGGUCAACAAGGCCACUCUUUGCUCCAGGAAAAGUGCCCUCCAGGCGGUCGUGGCCCAGUUGGAGUCCGACAGUGAGGAGCUCCAUCAGGUGGUGUCCAGUAUUCUGAGGAACCUGUCCUGGCGUGCGGACCUGAACAGCAAGAAGGCCCUGAGGGACGUGGGCAGUGUGACGGCGCUGAUGAACUGUGCUCUACAGGCCACCAAGGAGUCGACUCUGAAGAGUGUGCUGAGUGCCCUGUGGAACCUGUCGGCCCACAGCUCGGAGAACAAGGAGGCGCUCUGCUCCGUGCAGGGCUCCCUGGGCUUCCUGGUCAGCACGCUCACGUACAGGUGCCAAACUAACCAGCUGGCAGUCAUGGAGAGCGGAGGGGGGAUCCUGCGCAAUGUGUCCAGCUUAGUGGCGACGAGCGAAGAGUACAGGCAGGUCCUGCGGGACCAUAACUGCCUGCAGAUCCUGCUGCAGCACCUGCGCUCGCACAGCCUGACCAUCGUGAGCAACGCGUGCGGCACCCUGUGGAACCUGUCGGCCCGCAGCCCCGCGGACCAGGAGCUGCUGUGGGACCUGGGGGCGGUGGCCAUGCUGCGCAGCCUCAUCCACUCCCGCCACAAGAUGAUCGCCAUGGGCAGCGCCGCCGCCCUGCGCAACCUGCUGGCCAGCCGGCCGGCCAAGUACAAGGACGCGGCGGUGGUGUCGCCGGGCGCCUGCACGCCGUCGCUGUACAUGCGCAAGCAGAGGGCGCUGGAGGCCGAGCUGGACGCCCGGCGCCUGGAGGAGACGUUCGACUCCAUGGAGCGGCGGAGGCAGAAGGCGGCGGCCCCGCUGGCCAAGCCGCUGCGGGGCAUGGACAGCCUGGCGCACGACUACGCCUCGGACUCGGGCUGCUGCUUCGAGGACGACGAGGCGGCCACCAGCGCCUCCGUCGGCCUGGACACCGCCAGCUUCUCCAUGCUGUCCGCGUUCCUCGGCAACAGCGCCGGGGGCAACCCCCCGACGGGGCCCCUCCCACAGCAGGGCCACCCGUUCGACGCGCACCGCGCCCCCGCUGUGCCGGAGGGGCAGGCCAGGAGGACGCCCCGCACGGCGGCGAAGCCCCGCGCGGCGAAGGACGACGUCACGGCCCCGACGUCCUCCGAGGACAGCUUCAGCCUGAGCUCCGAGGACCACCCGGCGGACCGCCGAUUCGGCGGAGACGACCCGCACGACACCCCCCACGAGGCCCGGGCCAAGUCCUGCUCCCCCUGCCGGCUGUGGGAGGGCGGCGGCGGGUUCAGCCAGCCGCGCUUCGCGGGAGCUCAGGCGCUGCUCCGGCUGAAGCAGGCCGACAGCAGCCUGUCCACCGACAGCCUGAACAGCAGCGGCAGCACCAGCGAUGGAUACGGCGGCAGCGGCCACAGGGACCCGAACCCUAACCCUGCCGCACGCAGAGCGGUGUCAGCCAGCACCCGGAAACGCCCUGACCGACUUGACCUGAAGGAGGCGCUCUAUGGCCGUCCAGAGAAGGAAGCGCGCUGCUUUGUGCCACCAGAAAAGAACACAGACCCCACCAUUCCUGUGCACUGCAUUGCUAACAAAACCAGCCAGAUCAAGGCAGCAAAAAGACACUCGGAGGACAGCCGAGAAGCACCAACACCAGUGGCAAAUGAGGGAAAAAGUGCAGGACUGCCACAAAUUCCACCAUCCAAUAACGACGUAGCUGGUGCCUGUACCCCUCCAGUCAAGCUUUCACCCUCUUAUCAACACGUCCCACUCAUCCAGAGUGUGGCUAAGUUUGGAGUUGCUAAGACUACCAUUGACGUCCAGGCUGCCCAGGGGAUGAGGCGUCAAGCAUGGGUGCCCACAGUGCUGACGGGCGGGGCACUGACGAGCAAGCUGUCCCCAGCAAGCUGCAGCGCCUGGAGCCCCGCUCUGGGCCAGGAGACACUGCAGCGGUACUCCGUGGAGAACACGCCCAUCUGCUUCUCCCGCUGCAGCUCGCUGUCCUCCCUGUCCUCCGCCGACGGAGGCCUGGAGGGCCGCAGCCAGAGCCAGCUGGAGAACGAGCUGGACAGCGAUGCCUCGCUGGAGAUCAUCGAGGUGGAGGACGGAAACCUGGUCAAGAGGGGGGCGGAGGAGGAGGAAGACGAGGAUGAGAACACUUUGGAUGACCUGAGCGGGAGCCAGCCGCUGGAGGAGGACACGGUCACAAAGCUUCCCCUGGUCCCUGUCUCCCAGUCUGUGGAGAUGCCGCGUCCUGCCCGGCGUGAGAAAGUCUUCUUCCGGCAAGAGGACCACACGCCGUCCAGCCCCUCGGAGAACUGCCUGCAGGACAGCCCGCUAGUUCUGAGCCGCUGCAGUUCAGUCAGCUCGCUGGGCAGCUUUGAUUCGCCGUCCUUCGCCAGCUCCAUCCAGAGUGACCCGGGCAGCGAGCCCAUCAGCGGGACCAUCAGCCCCAGUGACCUGCCGGACAGUCCCGGCCAGACGAUGCCGCCCAGCCGCUGCAAGACGCCCUGCUGCCCCGCUGACCCGGGCGGCCAGGAGACCCAAGCACAGGUGGGGGGGGCGGGACUGGGGUUCGGCAUGGGAGUGGGACCACAGUGGGACGCAGGAGCCUGGAGAAGGUUUGCUGAAAUUGCCGACUUCCGAGAACGGUUGAAUUUGCCGCCAGACCUCGACACCAUGAUAUACUUCACAGUGGAGAGGCCCACAGAGAACUUCUCCUGUGCGUCCAGCCUCAGUGCCCUGCCCCUUCAUGAACACUACAUCCAGAAAGACGUGGAGCUGAAGCUCACACCUCUGCUCCACCAGAGAGGAUGUGACAACGAUAACAACCUCGGAGGGGCAUGGGGAGAGCAGGGUGGGGAGCGCCCUUCUGUCCUGGACAUGGAGAAGUACAGCGAGGGCAACUCUGAUGACGACAUUGAGAUCCUGAAGGAGUGCAUCAGCUCGGCGAUGCCGUCCCGCUUUAAGGCCAGGUCCUCCCUCCUGGCCAGCCUCCCCCGGCCUGUCUUUGGUGCCCAGACCCAAAGGUCCACCACACAACUGCCCCUCUAUAUGCUGCUCCCGACACAGACCGCCCAGAAGCAGAACCCCAUGCCAGGGAAGCCUGAGAGGGGGGGCUCUUACCACGACGACUCCUCCUACAGCGACUCACCCAUGAACAUUUCCAGCACCACAUCGCUGAGUGACGAGACCCUCCGCUACGCCGGCAAGGAGCCGGGAGUGGAUCCAGACGUGAAGCGGAUCGAGGAGCUCCGGGCCUUCUCCCGCUUUCACAGGCCCGCCAGAACGGCGGGCCGGCCGCCUGUGGUGUCCGACCAAAUGAACAAGACGUUUAGACGGGUGGGGCCAGCGCAAAGGGCGGCGGUGGCAUCGUCUCACGUUCGAGGCGGAGCUCGGCUGCAGGGCCAUCUUCUCCCCCCAAGGCAUGAGCAGAACCGGGGAAGGGCUGUGCCCCUACUGGGGCUACCCGUCAUCAAGCAGAACGUUCCAGGGGAUAGAGAUCAGAAGGGGGUACGAAGAGAAUUCACCCAGCGAAGCUUCCAGUACCAGUCCCCCGGCCGGCGGCUCCCGGCAGCCCCUGGACACGAGCUCGUCUGCUGCUCCUGUGGAGAUCUAACCAAAGUGCAGGAGGAGGAGGAGGCCGUGGCGAUCCAGGAGAGGAUGCCACACCCAAAAACGGGAGGCAGGAAUGAGACAGCCCAAAGACAACAGAUUAACAUCAACCAAGGGGCUAACAGGGCCUUUCCAGGCAAGGGCAAGAACGCAAGGGCCGGGGGGGAAACCGCCCCCCGACGACCCCUCAGCUCGUCCCUCAGAUCGCUGAGCGUCACCAGCCUGGAGGAGGGCUACAGCAAGACCUGGGUGCGGAACAGGCACCACACAACCUCCGGCCACGCCCACGAGGCCGUGAGACACUCCAGUGGGCGUGGCCUGUGUGAGCGCAGUCAUGAGCGGGAAAGCUCCCCGAGCUCCGUCAGCCUGGACUCGGAGGACGACCUGCUGCAGAAGUGCAUCACCUCCGGGAUGCCCGCACACAGGAAGCGGCUGGCAGCCGCCCGCAAAAAGAAGGCAGAGAAGAGGCAGAGGGCCAAGACCGAGCGCGAAGCCGCACAGAACGCCUUCGGGAGUUGGGAUUCAGACCAGGAUCCGGGCAGCGAGGGGGACACGGCGUCCGAUUCGGACCUCAAUAGCGUGGAGUGGCGGGCCAUCCAGGAGGGCGCGAGGUCUGUGGUCAUGCACCUGCAGGCAGUGUCCCAGUCCCAGGAGCCCUCCUCUGAGACUGAGUCCGAGUCGGGGCUCUCCCUCAUGUCCGGCGUCUUGAGCCUCCGCUCCAAACCCGGCGGGAAAGACAAAGGGAAUGGGAAAAUGCCAGAGGGCCGGAAUGCCGGGAAGCCCCUGGACUUCUCCCAGCGGAAGCCGGUCCCGAACAUGCCCAUGAUCUUCAGGGGGAGGACCGUGAUCUACACCCCCAAGAAGGAGUCCAUCUCGCAGAGGCCACCCCCAACCAAAGUGCCGCCAGCGAAAAACCCGAGCUUGGCUCAGCACCGGUCCAAGAGCUUGCACAGGCUGGCACAGCCUGGCGAUCAGCAGCCCGAAUUCUACUUGCCGAAACGCAGCUCCACACCCCCUGCACGAAUCCCCAAGAGCUCGUCCUCUGGUUCCACCUCGUCCCAGAGCUCCACCCCGCUAAAGCGGCCCCAGAAGAAGUCCAGCUCUCCCUUGUCGCCGGAGAAACCUGCCCAAAAAUGUGGAGCAGUAAGAGGAGCAGUCAGCAGUCCAUGCAGGGGUCGCAAGGAGGCCAUCUCGCCACCAUCUACCCAGAGAGCUGCCACACCCAGGCCCCCAGAGCCCAAGAAGACUCACAAAUCGCCAGUUCGUAUCCCAUUCAUGCAGAAUCUACCUAAACCGCCUUCCAGAACCAUCUCCCCCCUGGUCACCAGUGAGCCAUCCAGCAUCGGCGGCCAGCAAAGGUCACCAGCUGUCCGUGGCAGGCAACCUCUGUCCGCCGGCAACCGCCUUAACCCGCCAAACCGCUCCGGACGUGGUCCCGCUCACAACUCGGAUCGCAGCGGCUUCCUGCGGCAGCUGACCUUCAUCAAGGAGACCCCGCCCCGCGUGUCCAGGAGGGAAGCGAUGGGGGGCGGAGGGUCACGGUCGGUGCCCACGUCUCAGUGCGCGUCGCCCCGCAGGGUGCGGCCUGUAGCCCCCGCCGUGUUCCUCUGCUCGUCCCGCUGCCAGGAGCUGAAGGACACUGUGCAGGGAAGAGGCCUGAGCCGAGGGCAGGGGGCGGGACUAGGGCAGAAGCAGAGGCUGCUGGGACAGAGCCCAUCGAUGACCAGGGCCAGUUCUGGCAGCGACCGAGACCUUUCAGUGGGCCGCCCGGCCCGAAGAGCUGGGUCGGAGAGCCCAAGCCGGGCGCCCCAGAAGGGCGGAGUCGCCUCCUCCACCACCGGACUGGGCAGGCCACGGAACAGCGAGACGUUCAAGCGUUACUCGUCGUCCCCGGCCAUCAACGCCCUGAACCGCACGGCGAGCCGCUCCUCCAUGCGCUCGUCCUCCUCCGACUCCAGCGGGAGGGCCAAGAGCGAGGCUGGGGGUGUGGCCCGCGCGGGCGUGGCCCGCGGGGGCGUGGCGAAGAGCGGGGUCACCUGGAGGAGGAUCCGGGAUGAGGAUGUGCCUCACAUCCUGAGGAGCACGCUGCCCUCUAACGCGCUGCCCCUGGUGCCAUCGCCCGAGGGGAAGAACUCGCCGAUACCGCCGAUACCGCCGCGCCGGACGAGCGACGCCACCGUGCAGACCGACGACUUCUCCAGCAGGACCACCUCCAGCACCUCCCCGACCCGGGAGGGGAACCCGGCCACUAAGAUGAGGAGUGGGGGCCCCCACAGCGCCAAACCCCCCCCCUCGCUGCCCGCAGAGGGGCACAGCGGGGGGGGCGGCGGCGUGGGCCACUUCCGCCAGAGCUGCCCCAGCCAGGCCGUCAGAGUCACGCCCUUCAACUACACGCCCAGCCCUGCGCCCUCCGGUCCACAGGAUGCCCCGACAAGACCCCCAAAACUCAGCGAGGCACAAGAGGAGGAGCUCCCGGCUCAGUGAAGCAUGUAAAACACACACACACUCACACACACACACACACACACACAGAAAACGCAUACAUGCUCUACAUACUCAGAUCUCAAGGUAUCCUCAUACCACCCAAUGCUUUUUCACUCAGGAUAUUCUGCUGUCUGACAUUACCUCUGGAGUCUUACAUUUCAAAUGUGUUCAUUUCUCUGAGUUCAGGAGUCUGUCCGUCCUCAAGGACAGUCCUUAAUGGCUAUUUGCGCUCAAAUGCAUCCUUCAAUCAUGUGUUCAGCGAGAAAAUAUGAAACCUUGCGUCAACUUUCCUGACUGACUUUUCAGCUAAAAGCUUAAAGUGGAAAUGCUUCAAUCUGCCAUGACUGAAAGGAGGUUACUCAACGGCAACGGUUACUCUGUCAACCAACGGGGAACCUCUGAGGAACGCUCACGGCUGCAGGCGCUGCACUUCUUUUCUACUUUUUUAUAACUGCACAAACGGUUUACUUUUCCUCUGUUCGAUGUGUUUGAAGUAGCCUAUUGUGCUAACAAGGAAAAGUAAACAAGUUAGCUCCUCAUGUUACAGGAUAUAGGCUACUUGCCCACAGGAGAAAGCUGAGAGAAAACGAUGUGCAAACAACCACGGCAGAGGCCUGGAGGGUGGGGGAUUGGUGUGCUCACAGCACGCUACUUACCGGUAGCCUGUAAUUCAAAAUAUUGAAUUUUAUUGUGACUGUAGAAACCAUUUAAGGCCUGACCGCCCUGCUAAGACCAGUUGGGAUGCUAAACUGGCUUAAGCUGUAUUUUCAACACUUCUAGCUGGUCUGUGGCUAGUCAAAGCUGGUAGGGUAUUGAAACACAAACACACACACACACACACACAAAACAUUAAUUCUGCCUCAAACAUUUCCAGUACUGGAUGGAAGGCGCGCAGCACUUAAUUGUAUGUAUUAUUAAACACGUGUGGUGUCAGCUCAGCGUACCCUCUCACCUGUGUGUGGCAUCAAUGCAGCCGCUGGCUUUAGCAGCGUCAUGUCAAUUCUCUGAAUCCGUUACCUGCAGUCUUUUCUCAACCUGAAACCGAACGACCAACACCGCCGAACUUCUCUGGACAAGAGCACUCGGUACUUCUGCCCCGCCUGGACUACGGGUGUAUGCCCGAAUAAAGACACUCCCAAUUCAUCAAAUGAAAGACGAAAUAUACUAAUAACAGUGGAUGCCUCCCUUUCAAAUAGCAUUCCAGUGGUCGUUCUUGAAUUAGCUUUGUGACUGUGUUAAUUUGUCCGAUGAAAAAAAGAAAAAAAAGAACUGUAGACUGCUGUGUUAUCGUAUGCUGUGUGUGUUUAUUGUGUUUGGCCUCUAAAACCAUAAUGAACUUCAGUUAAAUAAUGAUGAUAAUAAAUAAAAUAAAAAAAUUAAAAAAACAUGUUAAAAAUGUAAUGACAGUAGGAUAUUAACAGGUAAUAUUGAGUGCAUUUUGUAUUUGCCGCUUUAACUGAAUUUAGUCAGCAGUCAAGCAACGGAGUCUUGGAGGGAAUAACCUUGUUGGAAACUGUCCAGCACUUCAGCCGCGUAAAAACCAGUCCAGCUCACUAUGCUUUUCACGCAAAAACAUCGUUCUUGAAAGAGCAGGAGACACCUACGUUACUGUCUCUGGACUACAGAGAAACUGUCGUAACUCCUUCAGACGAUUGUCACACAUACCUGAGGUUCUAGGUGUCAGUUCCUCGAAAACUAGUAGUCAACUGUCCUUUCCACGGAGGUCAAUCUCGGUUUACCAUUUCAAACUAUUCAACCGUUCAAAAGCAGCGUGGUCAACUGUAUCCGUUUAAUUUUUACCCCCAAUGCCCACCAGGGGGCAGAAACUGCCAUGUAAAUACAUUAUUUGCACUGUGUAUCUGCGAAGUGUAACAACCCUUUAUAUUUCAGUAUUAUGUGCUGAUACACACAUGGAGCUGAUUAUGUAUUUCCGUGAGUUGGGGCUGAAAUAGAUAUAUACAUUUAUUUGUUGUGCUUUGUGGAAUUGCGACCUCAUUGUAAUGUUCCAGGCCUGCUUGUUUUUGGUGUGUUUUUUGGGGGGGAGCUGAACGGCGGUCAGAAACACCGUCUCUGAGAGGAGCCGGGUAACAAGUCUCACACGGAGGGGGCAAGAAAUAAAAGACACACUGUUUUCAUCUAAUUAGCAUUAAAAGGAAUUUUAUUAAAAGUGA